AUGAAGCUAUGUCUACGCUAUCUCGGUGACCCUGGAUAUCAACAAGGUAUUGGUCAGGAACUUAGUGUUAGUCAAGCAACAGUAUCUCGGACUGUGGAUAGAGUUGUGAACAGCAUAGUUGCACAGUCGAACGAAUGGAUCAAGUUUCCAACUACCAACCAUGAACUGCUGGAGGCCAAACGGAUAUGGCAAAGCAUGCAUAAAUUUCCGACAGCAAUUGAUAGCGAAGCCAAUAACGAUGUUCCAGGUAGGCCUUCAAGCAGGGCAGACUAUCUCAAUAAUGAACCAGAUAAUGAUAGUGACAGUGAUCUGAGGGAUGUAUGGGAAGAUAUAAAAACUUCAUCUAUAAAUUUUGAUCUUCACAAUGAACAAUGCACACUUGACCCAGAUAUUAACCAACAAACAAUUAAGAGGACCAUUGAUAUUUUUGAGCGAUUCAUAACAGACGAAAUCAUUGACGUGCUAGUACUGGAAACAAAUCGUUAUGCAGGUCAACAAGUAACUAAAAGUCACUCAGGACGAGUCCUUGUCAUAGACGAAUCCAUGGUUCCGUUUAGAGGACGGUUGAAGUUCCGGCAGUAUAUACCGAAUAAAACACAUAGAUAUGGGGUCAAACUUUAUAAGCUAUGUACAAGUUCUGGGUACACUUACAACUUAAAGGUUUACACUGGUGAAGGUGAUAUGCAACCUGAGCUGGGACAUGCACAAUCUAUUGUAUUGAAAUUGCUGGAAGAUGUGAAUCCAAAAGAAGGACGAAUAUUAUAUGCUGAUAAUUUUUAUUCCGGAAUACCGUUGGUUAAAACAUUACUUAAUCAAAAAUGUCUGUAUUGUGACACACUAAGAUCAAACCGAAAAGGAGUUCCCAAAGAAUUCACAAAGAAAAAUAAUAAGGGUAAGAAAAAAAAUCGUAAAGAGGAAGAUAUAUUGAAACCACAGUGUGUAAUUGAUUAUAAUUUGGCGAAAAAGGGUGCCGACUUCAAUGACCAAAUGUCCUCUUAUCAUACUGCUGUACGUAAAACACUAAAAUGGUAUCGCAAAGUUAUGUUUGAAUUACUACUGGGCACGACUGUGGUGAAUUCGUGGAUUGUUUAUAACACGGUUUCUGACACAAAGCUGAGCAUUAUGGAAUUUAGAACACAACUAGCUAAAGAUCUAAUAAUAGAACAAGCGGAAGUCCCAAAGCAGCCAGUUCCAUCGAGAAAGAGGCAACGCACUUUCGUGAAACCUGAAGGUCCAGGAAGAAAGAAGAGAAGACCAUGUACUGGAUGUUACAAAAAAUUGCGAAUAACUAUGACGAGUCGCGAGGCUGACAAAAAAGUCCGACGAUACGAUAUGAACGCCAAUCCAGUCCCACCAUAUUUAACAACCUCUUCAACUCCCACGUUCAUUUUAUCUGCCAAGUUACCCAAUAUGCCAAAUAUUAUUAAGCCAGCUAAUACUGAAGUGAAGGUAUCCAGAGUUGUUACAACCAUUGCGUCUCUGAAAAUGAGUAGAACAAUUAAAAUCAAGCAAUUAGAUUUCCCUUGCAUAUACUUAAAGUAG